AGAUAACCUGCCCUGCCACCUUGGUGGUAACCGUUGGCUGGCUUUGGCUGGCCGGUCCAGACAAGCUUGCGCGUCGAUUAACCUGCUCUACCAACUCCACCAUGGACCACUUUCCAACUAACUGGGGUCGUCCAAGAAACGACGCUUUUGAUGCAUAUGCCACAUACCCCAUUCACCAGAGACCAAACAAUGGUCCCAAGGAUACUUUCGCUGAUGGCGUACAGCGAACACAACAACCAAUCGUGACUGGAUCGAGCGUGUUGGCGAUCAAGUACAAGGAUGGUGUCAUGAUGGCCGCUGACAAUCUCGGUAUCUUCACUUUCAGUCAUUCCGUACAUAGGCUCAUGUAUUCUUUAACAGCAUCAUACGGCUCCCUCGCUCGGUUCAAGGAUGUACAGCGUCUGCACCAAGUCGGCAACUAUACUGUCAUCGGUGCAGGAGGCGACAUGUCGGACUUCCAGUAUAUUCAAUAUAUCCUUGAGGAGCUGUCCACCGAGGAGAUAGCAGCGCAAGAUGAACACGAACUCGGUCCUGUCGAGAUCCAUGAGUACAUGUCUCAGGUCAUGUACGCCCGUCGGUCCAAGAUGAACCCGCUUUGGAAUUCCCUGCUUAUUGGUGGAUUCAAGGACGGCAAGAGGUUCUUGUCGUACGUUGAUCUGUUGGGUACGACGUAUUCUGCCUCGACACUUGCUACUGGGUAUGGCGCUUUCAUCGCCCAACCACUGCUACGUAAGGCAGUUGAAGGGAGGGAGGACGUCUUGACUGAAGAAGAAGCACGGAAAAUCCUUGAGGAUAGUAUGCGCGUGCUAUUCUACAGGGAUGCCCGAAGUUUGAACAAGUUCCAAAUUGCCACCAUCUCUAGCGCAGGAGUGUCUAUCAGUGAUUCGAUGCAGCUCGAGACUGCAUGGUCAUUCGCAGAAAGCAUCAGGGGUUACGGUGCCCAGACACAGUAGCUUUCACGCAUGUAUCACUAAAUCUAAUUCAACAUCCUUGAAAACCUACA